UGUCGGUGUUCUAACGUCGGCGUCUUUUUGAUACGUGUAUAUAUAUGCUGAAUUGGUCGUUAAGCAAGCUACACAGCCGCGACGAGCCAAAAGCUGCACGUAUGGAUACAAAGAUAGUUGCGCUGAGGAAUGGCACAGGAGCAACUCAAAGAAAGGAAAGAAAAUCAAGGGACAGAAAACUAUCCAGGAGCAUCAAAAGGAUAAGAGCUGACAUGGUGGAGAUUAGCAAGGGGCAUAAACGUAUUAAAGAGGGGCAAGAAGAAGUGAGGGGAAGAUUUGAAGAAAUAAGCAAAGAGGCUGCCAAGCUGAAGGAGGAAACUAAUCUAAUCUCCAAGCAGAGCGCUGCGAAUCAAGUCAGGCUUGAUCUUAUGUUUCAGAUUGUCAAAGCAAGAUCAGAGAACGAUACUGCCAGGGACGCCGUACUGACGCAAACUUUGCGGGAACUAAUGGCGAGCAAGAGCAAGCUCCCCGACGAGAUAAAAGAACAAGAUUUAGCAAGUUAACCCUGUUUCCUGGCUCCUAUGCCGCUUGCUUUUAUGUAUUGCUUUUUUAGUACGUACGCAGUAGCAUCCCAGCGUUAUUUUCAAGCACUCUUUCUGUAUUGUGAUACUAUAUAUAACGAAGUUAAAUUUUUUCCCCCCAUGACGAGGGGUUACCGACCA